UUACAGGGAGCAGGAACAGGCACAGGAUCGACCACAGGAGUAUCUCAUGCGUCUCUGAGCACAAUGAGUGUGGAAGCUGUGUGUGAGAAGCUAAAGCAGAUAGAUGGUCUGGACCAGAGCAUGCUGCCUCAGUACUCUGCAACUGUAAAAAAGGCAAAUAUAAAUGGCCGUGUCUUGGCUCAGUGCAACAUUGAUGAGCUGAAGAAAGAAAUGAAUAUGAAUUUUGGUGACUGGCACCUGUUCAGAAGCAUGGUACUUGAAAUGAGAAGUUCAGAAAAUCAGACUGUUCAGGAAGAUCCUCGUGGAGCAGCUGAGCAUGUUACGACUGCCAUGCCUCACAAUGAACUUACUCGCCGUCCUGGGCAUAACACCGAGUUGCCUCACACUGAGCUGACAGGUCUUUCUGGUCAAGCUCCUUACACACUUAAUUUCAGCUUUGAAGAACUCAACACAAUCGGCCUGGAUGAAGCUCCCCCACGCCAUAGUAACUUAAGCUGGCAGUCACAAACUCGUAGAACUCCAAGUCUUUCAAGUCUUAACUCUCAAGAUUCUAGUAUUGAAAUAUCAAAGCUUACUGACAAGGUACAGGCAGAGUACAGAGAUGCAUAUAGAGAGUAUAUUGCUCAAAUGUCACAGUUAGAAGGAGGUGCCAAUUCUACUACAGUGAGUGGUAGGUCCUCCCCUCACAGCUCAAGUGCUUUCUAUAUGGGCCAGAGUACAUCAGGGGGUUCCUUGCACUCCAGUGCAGAACAGGAAAAAGGAAAAGAUGGUGAACAGAAACAAGAUGAUGGAAGAAAAUCCUUCUUGCUGAAGAGGAAUGAUGUUGUCGAUUACAGUACUUCAGGUGUUUCUACUAACGAUGCAUCUCCUUUGGAUCCUAUUACUGAAGAAGAUGAAAAAUCUGAUCAGUCUGGUUCCAAACUUCUCCCAGGAAAGAAGUCUUCGGAAAGAACAAGUAUUUUCCAGGCUGCAGAUUUAAAGCUUAAGGGAGUUACUCUCCGAUAUCAGAAACUUCCCAGUGAUGAAGAUGAGUCAGGAACUGAGGAAUCAGAUAAUACUCCUCUUCUUAAGGAAGGUAAAGAUAAGAAAACAGAUAGCAAAAUAGAGAAGCAGCCCAAAUCUCCAGAACAUGGUUCUGAACCUAUUAGAACCUUCAUCAAAGCAAAGGAGUAUUUGACAGAUGCCCUUUUGGACAAGAAAGAUUCGUCUGACUCUGGCGUAAGAUCCAACGAAAGUUCUCCAAAUCAUUCCCUCCAUAAUGAAGGAGCAGAUGAUUCGCAGCUUGAAAAGGCAAAUCUUAUUGAGCUUGAAGAUGACAGCCACAGUGCAAAGAGAGGAAUUCCACACAGCCUGAGUGGCCUUCAAGAUCCAGCUGUGGUUCGCAUGUCCAUCUGCUCAGAAGACAAGAAGAGCCCUUCUGAAAGCAGUCUGAUAGCGAGCAGCCCAGAAGAGAACUGGCCAGCUUGCCAGAAGGUCUAUAACUUAAACAGAACCCCUAGUACAGUCACUCUAAAUAACAACAGUGCUCCAAGCAACCGAGCUAAUCAAAAUUUUGAAGAAAUACAAGGUAUCAGAGAUUCAUCACAAAUUAUCCUGCACCCUGGCUCAGGUUCCAAUCCGAGUGCGGUUCAGAAUGAGAACCUGAAGAGCUCUGCCCACAAGCGGAGCCAGCGUUCGAGUUACACCAGGCUGUCAAAAGAUUCAGCAGAGCUCCACACUGUUGCAGCCUCAGAGGGGGCUGGUUUUGGAGAAGAGAGAGAGAGUAUCCUGUAAAAAGCAGCCAGGUUGAAACAGAGUAUGCCCAUGAGUUGUAGCUUCCUUGGAAUUCUUUGUCAGUCUGGUUACAUUAAGCUCUGUAGUUUAAGCUUUCAGUAUCGUAAUAGAAAGUCUAGGUUAUUUUCAGUCAUUUUCUUGGAGAGGAGGAGUGAUUCUUACAAGAAGCAAACUCCUUCAGACCUUCCCCACGUAUAAAAGUUGUACUUGUCAGCAUGGAAAAAACAGUUCUUUGUUAAGACAGUGUGCAAAGGUUUGGUAUGGGGUACAUGUUACAGAAGUAAGAAUGGUUUAGUUAUUAAAAUUAUAAUGUGAUUUUACUUUUCUGUUGGGAUAUGUUUUACUUAUCCCUUCUAAACAUUCCAGUUAAUUCUGCAUA